UUUCAGCGUUGUGCUGCGGCGGAACGAAGUCAAAACGAGGGAGAAUCGAAUAGCCGCCACCAUUUGAAAGUGCAGCGAUGGCCAUAACCGCCACCAUUUCUCUUCCUCUCACCUCGCCCACGCGCCGCUCUCUUGCUUCCGUCAAUCACCUUCGUUCUUCUUCUUCCAGAUCCAUUUUGGUCAUACCUCAACGCACUUCCAAAUACUCCCAUUCUCGCCUCGUUGCUGCUUCCUCCAUGAGCAUCGAUGCGCCCGUGAAAACCUCCUCUACUUCUUUCCUCCACCACAGAGAAAGUGGCUUUCUCCAUUUCGCCAAGUAUCACGGCCUCGGAAACGACUUCGUUUUGAUUGACAAUAGAGACUCUUCGGAGCCAAGGAUCAGUCCAGAGAAAGCUGUGCAAGUGUGUGACCGUAACUUCGGUGUUGGUGCUGAUGGAGUUAUCUUUCUCUUGCCUGGCAUCAAUGGCACCGAUUAUACAAUGAGGAUUUUUAACUCUGAUGGUAGUGAGCCUGAGAUGUGUGGCAAUGGAGUGCGAUGCUUCGCUAAAUUCGUUUCUCAGCUUCAGAAUUUACAGGGGAGGCAUAGUUUUACUAUACAUACUGGUGCUGGGCUGAUUGUUCCUGAAGUCUUUGAGGAUGGAAAUGUCAGAGUUGAUAUGGGGGAACCGAUUCUUAAACCGUCAGAUGUGCCUACUAAAUUACCUGAAAAUAAGGAUCAUGCUGUUGUUAAAGCGGAGCUAGAAGUUGAUGGAGUUAUCUGGAAUGUGACUUGUGUUAGCAUGGGAAAUCCACACUGUGUAACAUUCAGUAGAGAAGGAAGUCAGAAUUUGCUUGUUGAUGAAUUGAAGCUAGCAGAAAUUGGCCCAAAAUUUGAACAUCAUGAGGUGUUCCCUGCACGGACUAACACAGAGUUUGUGCAAGUUCUGUCCAAUUCUCACCUGAAGAUGCGUGUUUGGGAGCGUGGAGCAGGAGCUACUCUAGCCUGUGGAACUGGAGCCUGUGCUACUGUUGUUGCAGCAGUUCUCGAGGGUCGUGCUGGGAGGAACUGCACGGUUGAUCUACCUGGAGGGCCUCUGCAGAUUGAGUGGAGAGAGGAAGAUAAUCAUAUCUAUAUGACAGGCUCAGCAGAGCUGGUUUAUUACGGAUCUUUGCCCCUUUGAUAUGUCAAUACUUCGGGGAAUUAUGUAUUGCUGAAUAAUAAUUAAAGACUUGUUUUGUACUA